AUGCAUUUAGAAGAAUUGCAAGCUCGGGAUGUGAGAUGUGCUACGAAUGAAACGGAGUUAUGGAAACUUAAUACAGAGCAGUUUGCAGACUGGAUAAAGACAAAGAUUCCUUCCAACUCAGUGGAGCACUUGUUGAAGCUGAGGUGGUUGGCUUUUGGACCUAGGCAUACUGCACAAAGCCAUAAAGGAUUUGUCAUUAACGGCCACCGCUUUCAUACUGAAGAUGUUAAGCUGAAGACACAGAACAGUGGAGUCACGUACGAAGCUUUCAGCAUGUGCAGAGCAUCAGCACGCGAUACAAGACAAAUAGCUGACAUAGUUACAUAUUAUGGAGUGAUCAAGGAGAUCAUACUUGUGGAUUACCACAUGUUCACUGUACCAUUAUUCAAAUGCAGUUGGGCCAACAGAGGAUACAGACUGAAAGAAGAAGAUGGCUUCACGUUGGUGAACCUUCAUAUGAACCAGUUGCCAUAUAUGAGAAAUCCGUACAUACUCCCAUCACAAGCUAAACAAGUCUUCUAUUCCAGAGAAAAUGAUUCCUCGUCGUGGUAUGUUGUUAUGAGGGCACCUCCAAGGGGAUAUCACGAGUUGGAGACAGAGUAG